AUAUAUGCUCUUUUUCCUCACUAAACCCUUCGAUUUAUCAGAUACAAUCGUUUUACAGACCAGGGUGUCCCGCUGAAUCAACAAUUUGAUGGACGUCGAAGACCUGAUGAACACGCAUUAUAGCACGAUUUCUACACCCUCUGAAACAGUUAAUGGUCAAAUGAACAACAGUGAAGAAAGUGUAUCUCCGAGGCCACUGUACACUGCAUACACAUUGGAUGCGAACAAGCCGAUGAAAACUGUUGAUCAUUCAGAUCCGUUUACUAUUAGAAACUGGGUGGAAGAGAUUGAUUCAGCUAAAUAUGGGUCUGUAACAAAAGACAUUGAAGAUCUUCUUUUGCUAAGAAAACAAAUGUUGAUGCCUUGUUUUAAGAGGUUUCCAUCACUUAGGGCUGAUUUGAUGGAUGUGAAUUCUGUGAAGGAAGCAUCCACUGCAAAUCCUACGAGGGAUAUAGUUAUGGUAGAUAAUGACAUGGGUCAUGAUACAAUUGCACCUGAUUCUGUUGUCAUCAUUGGCUCAGAUGAUGAUGAGCCAACAUAUGGGAGGCCUUUUCAACCAUAUCGAGACAUAGUUUUAAGUAAGCCUGAAGGGCAGUUUUUAAUGAAACAAUUUUUGGUAAGCUCUCCUAACUUUUUUGUGAUUUUCAGUGAAGCUCUGAACUUGCUUGCUGGGAAACUGUGCAGUUCUCUGAAGGAUCUUACUGAGUAUGAAUCAAUGGCUUGCAGAGAAGGAGAUUAUUCCCCAGGCCAAUCUUCAGCUGGGAAAGGAGGGAAAGGGAGAGGGGGUGGUGGAGGUGGAGCUGGAGGUGGGGGUGGGGGUGGGAAAGGGAGAGGAAGAGGGAGACCAAAAGGACCAAGAGGAGGAGAAGGUGUAGAAGGAGGGCAUACAAAUGCUGUUGAAUCCAAAGAUGGAGAGCAUACAAAUGCUGUUGAUUCCAAAGAUAGAGAAGACAAGAAUGUCGGUUCUGAUGUAGAGGUUGAUAGGAAGCAUGAUAAAGGUGAGUAUGUCGGUGUUGAAUCUGAUUCAGAUAUGGAGGAAAGUGAUUCACAAUCUGACGUCAACUUCGAUGGGUUGGCUGAUAUAUGGAAAGAAAUGAAUGUUGGAUUAGAGUCCUCAAAGGAUGCUGCUAUGGACAUUUCAUCUAACGAACAUGUGAGAGAAGAUGGAGAAGAAUGCGAUCAUUCUUUUAUAUUGAAGGAAGAUAUUGGUUAUGUUUGUCGUGUUUGUGGAGUAGUUGAAAGGAGUAUUGAGUCCAUAAUUGAGUUUCAGCGUCCCAAGAGCUCAAAGAGUACGAGAACUUACUGGCAUGAAAGCCGAUCUGAUAGAUCAGGGGAGGCAGCUGGUCCUGUUCUUGAUGGAGUGAAAUUACCAGGAAAGGACUUCUCUGUGGGUGACAUAUCUGCUCAUCCAAGGCAUAAAAAGCAAAUGAAACCCCAUCAAGUUGAGGGCUUCAAUUUUCUGCUCAGUAACUUGGUUUCUGAGAAUCCAGGUGGUUGCAUCCUGGCUCAUGCUCCUGGGUCUGGAAAGACAUUUAUGCUCAUCAGUUUCAUCCAGAGUUUUAUGGCCAAGUAUCCAGAUGCUAGACCGUUGGUGGUACUACCCAGAGGUAUCCUGGCGACAUGGAAGAAAGAAUUCAAUAGAUGGCAAGUCGAAGACAUACCAUUGUUUGACUUCUACUCGUUAAAGGCUGAUAGCAGGGCUCAACAAUUUGAGGUGCUCAAACAGUGGGCCAACUUGAGGAGCAUUCUGUUUCUUGGAUACAAGCAGUUCUCGUCAAUAGUAUGCGACAAUGAUAGGAGCUCCACUGCAGCCAGUUGCCAGGAGAUACUGUUGACAUAUCCUUCGAUUUUGAUAUUAGAUGAAGGGCACACCCCAAGAAACCAAGACACUGAUGUUUUGACCUCUCUUGAGAAGGUCCAGACACCGAGGAAGGUGGUUCUUUCGGGAACUCUCUACCAAAAUCACGUGAGGGAGGUGUUCAACAUUCUGAACCUUGUUCGUCCAAAGUUUUUAAGAAUGGAGAAUUCUAAAAUGAUAAAGAGACGUAUCUUGAGUAGAGUACCAAUAGAAAGCCGGAGAAACCUCUUCAAGAAGAGCACAGACAAUGAGUUCUAUGAGUUGGUAGAGCAUACAUUACUCAAAGAUGAGAAUUUCAAGAGGAAGGUAAUGGUCAUUGAAGAUCUACGUGAGAUGACAAGCAAAGUUCUUCACUACUACAAAGGGGAUUUCUUGGAUGAACUACCAGGGCAUGUGGACUUCUCAGUCUUCCUGAACCUUAGUCCUAGGCAAAAGCGGGAAGUUUCGGAGUUGAGAAAGUUAGCAAGGAAAUUUAAAAUAAGCUCUGAUGGUAGUGCGAUUUAUGUGCACCCGGAACUGAAGUCUCUUGCAAAAACUGGCACCAAAGAGAGAGGUGAUGAUAAUGUAAACAAGAUCGAUGAACUCUUGGAGAGAUUGGAUGAGAGAGAUGGAGUGAAGGCAAAGUUUUUUCUCAAUCUACUUCGCCUAUGUGAGUCCAGUGGGGAAAAACUUCUAGUUUUCGGUCAGUAUCUGUUGCCCUUAAAAUUUUUGCUCAGAUUGACAGUGAAGGUCAAGGGCUGGAGCCUCGGCAAGGAAAUUUUCAUGAUAACUGGAGAUCAUGACAAUGACGAGCGAGAGGUAGCAAUGGACCUAUUCAACAACUCUCCUGAUGCCAAAGUCUUCUUUGGAUCGAUCAAGGCUUGUGGGGAGGGCAUAUCACUAGUUGGGGCCUCCAGAAUUAUAAUAUUGGAUGUGCAUCUAAACCCUUCUGUUACCCGCCAAGCAAUAGGUCGUGCAUUUCGACCAGGGCAAGAAAGGAAGGUAUACACUUAUCGGUUAAUUGCUGCCGCUUCCCCUGAAGAGGAAGAUCAUACUACUUGCUUCAAGAAAGAGUCAAUCGCAAAAAUGUGGUUUGAGUGGAAUGAAUACUGUGGCCAUCAUGAGUUUGAAAUGGAGACAACUGACGUCAAGGAAUGUGGUGAUCAAUUUCUAGAAACUACAUGGUUGAAUGAAGACGUAGCUGCAUUAUAUAAACGAUCAUGAUGGGCGAUGAGGCAAGCUAUGUCAAUAUUUCUCUACAUCAAAAGCCAUAUAUGUGGUUGGAAUGACCUUAGGUAAAAGUAUUUUUUACCAUCAACUUGUAGUUAAAACAGUGAUGGUAAUCAAGACGUCAUAUUCUUAUACUGGAAGCUGAUCUUUUUUUUUGCUUUUACAUCUCAUCUCAUUAGUAUGCUAUGUAUUUAGUACGUACAAAACGUUCUUCUUUUCCUUG